CAUGGGUCAAGCUGUUCUGGUGCCUUUUUUUACUUGUCAAUUCACCUCGAACUUGUGCUAUUGCGGGGUAAAUUUGGAACUCCAUCGAGAAUUGGGGGCCAAUUGUGGUCCUGGUGUAGUGGAUGCAUCCACUUCACUACCCACGCUUACGUUUCUAAGAUCAACGGCUGUCUUACAACAAUUCUUAUCAAACUCAAAUGGCGUCUUGAUCUCUGAAGCUUGAUUUUACAUUUCCUUCCUUGUUUUUAAAUUGACCAUGUCCUAUCACUCAGUUUCUGGCGAGAUCCAUAGCGCUGGGAGCGAAAAUUUAGAAACCCUCAGUGAGCAUAAAUACGCCCAAGUAGCAUGCGAAGAUGUGGAUCAAGAGAGGAAGGAGACAUCGAAUGUGAACAUAAAGCAAACACCAUCUUCAUCAAGUAACUGGACGAACUCCAGCUUCAGAGCGCACAAUGCCUCAAGUCCCGCGCUCGAACCACGGACCACACGAGCCUGGGCAUGGUGGGCAGAGGUGGCAUCUUGCUUUGGGAUGUUUAGCAGCCUAGCGGCGCUCGUUAUCACGCUGGCAGUAUCGAGGAACAAACCGCUACCGCAACUCCCCUACUCUAUUUCACUUAACACCAUCAUAUCCUUCGAGUCCACAGUUUACAAGGGUUUUCUAACAUUGAUAAUUGGGGCCAUCAUCAGUCAGUCUCAAUGGCUCUGGUUUCUCAAGAGAAGGAGUUUAUACGAUCUCGUCCGAUAUGACGCUGCUGGGAGAGGCCCUUUUGGCUCAUUGCUUUGGAUUCUUAAGCACCACGUCCGAUCGCCUCUCACAACUUUAGCUGCGCUCGUAAUGAUCCUAUCGCUGAUAGUGGAUCCAUUUGUGCAGCAGCUCGUGGGGUUCGUCAACUGUGAAAGCAAAAUGACCGGUCUGCCCGCGCAGUUCAGCAGUGCAACUAUUCCUAGAACAAACUAUUACUCACCGCUUGAAUAUCACCUGGACGUCGGUGCUACUUAUAUCAAAGUGCCCGUGGGAGUCCAAGAUGCCAUUUCGGCGGGGGUCGAAGGAACCCCGCAAAGCGUUGACUUCAACUGCUACUCAGGAAACUGCUCCUUUAGUGAACCAUAUAGUACACUCGGCUUCUGCCAUUACUGUGAAGACCUUUCGGAUCAAGUUCAGUUCAACAAGACCUACAGGAAGGAUGAUGAAGGGAAGAAUCUGACGGGCGCUUUCAACAUCACAUCUUUCCUCCCGGAUGGCUUCGCUAUCACAUCAAGCACCUAUGAGGCAUUUCCAAAUCAAUCAUACACGACCGCCAAUACUCCUUUGAUGUCAAUGCGGCUCAAUGAUAGCUACUGGGCGGAGUUUAUCGUAGCCAAAACAGUGCGGAGCGGCUGCGAGGACGGAUCUAUGAAUGGAAGCUGGGCAUGCCAAGGCUAUGGGGCAGCAAAAUGCACACUGCGCCCGUGUGUCAAGACAUUUCAAGCGAAUAUAACGGGCAACGUAAUCAGUGAAACUCUACUGGAAUAUUCAGAUCCACUGAUGAGCUGGAAUGGAAGUGAGAAUUUGGCAUACGUUCCCGGAGACAAUAGCACUGCCAAUUAUGUACUUGGGCUUCUUGAUUUGCAAUGCACGUCAGAUGCAGAUAAAGAGCUAAUAGCUCAGAAUUAUACCUUCAACUCCACUCAGCGUUGGAUUCCGUUCAGCUACGAUUAUAAUAUCAACCAAAGCAUGGUUGAACCUCCACAAUAUCCCGGCACGUUGAUCAAGAAUGGAUGUCUUUAUCUCUUUGAGACAUUUCUGUACAUGAGCAUCUACGGCAUAUUCCUCAGCGAUUUCUUCGACGGCACUCUGGAAGGCACCAUCCAGAUCAGCGAUCAGCUGAUCAAUGCUGUAGGGCCUCGAAUCCUCGAGAAGAUGUAUGAUCAAACAAACGGAACUUACGACCUCAUUGAUUCGACCUUCGAGGGAAUGGCGACUUAUCUGACCAACUAUAUCCGAGAAAAUGGAAAUGCCGCGUACAGCCAACCCGCCGAAGGAACGGUACUGCACUAUGCAACAUGCGUUCAAGUUCGGUGGUGGUGGCUUGCAUUUCCCGUUGUCCUAGCCUUCAUUUCCCUCGUGCUACUUGUCUGGAUAAUCGGCGCGGUUUCUAUUUCCAAGGUUCCAGCGUGGAAGUCAUCUCCGCUCGCGAUUGUCUACCGAGGCCCGAACAAUCAAUCCUUCACGUACAACAUGAACAAGGCCUAUGAAUCAACAUCGAACGUCACUUCUGAUCGAAUGGAUGAUUUUGAGGCUGCAGCCAAAAAAGCUGUUGUCAGACUUGGCGGAGCAAACGGUGAACUCCGGUUGGAAAAUCUCACACACGAUCUCCACGGCGAUGAAACCAGGAUGUAACUUGCCUGAGGAAGUUAGGUUUGAUUACGAAGAGCGCGAGUAUUUUGUAAUUCGUCAGGGUGAUCGACCAUGCACGCCACACAUCACGGAGAUAGAAUUGCGAUUACAAGCAUCCACAUCCCCUUCAUUCUCUUGUGACUUUUGUCAUGACAACUUGCGCGGGAGGAUAGUCCAUUCUACUGCUGUUUUGGAAUACCCGCCGGUUCAUUUGAAAUCGUCGCUACGUGUAUCCAUCGUUGCGGAUACAAAUAUAUUACUCGCCAUCGGAACACAGCAUCAUGAUCCAAGGUUUGAGGUUUCCUGUUGACAUAAUCUUGUAAUCAGGGAACACUUUGUCGAGCAGCCUUGUGAUGAGAGAGGAGAUCAACUUUGAGCUGUGAAGACGAAUCCCUCGAUUUCCAGAAUGUGAGGUUCUCUCGUUCAGUAUUGGGGGGUAGUAUUUGCUUUAUGCCCGUCAAUCAGAUCACGACAUUUUUGAUCGAUCUUGACAACCCAUCGGAGUUUCAUGAAACUCAGCGGAGGUAUCCCUAUUGCAUCAGAAACAACAAGCUCUGACUGCCGGCUGCACUGAAUAUGUCUGUGAGCGUCUCAAGUUACAGGACUUCGUCAUGGAUUUGUUGAGUUUUAUAAAGGCGCUGAGAUGCAAGGCCCAGAUGUAAAAUAUACGUCGUUUCUUCAUCGCAAUAUGCACGACCGAUUUCCAAGUUGCUUUUACGUAGCGUAACAGAUCGC